AUGAGCGAGGAGGAGAAUCUGAAAAACCUUUGUGGACCUUCUGUCUGGCUGCCUGUCCUCCACUUCCUUUGCCUGUACUUCUGGUUGUUUUUGUUUUUUUCAAUCAUUUUGAGCUCGAAUGUCUUUCUUUCUCUUGCAGUGGGGUUUGUCAGCUGUGGUCAAGGUGGUCUGGUGCGGUUCGAAUGCAGUAAUCCAUCUGACUUUCGGAUAGAGGCUGACGGAGUAGUUUACGCUGCCCGUGCUCUGCGAGGCACCACGCUUCCCGCAUCACCUCUGCAGAUCAAGGCCAGUGACACCAGCUCUCAGCAGCAAUGGGUGACCAAAGUCAGGCUGACGUCUCCCUCACAGGUGCAGGAAGUUGCUGGCCCUCCAGUCAUGCCCAAGGAUUCAAAGGAAAUAGUGUUUCCAUCACGAAACGCCGACAGCCAGCUGAAACGCAUGAAGAGAGACUGGGUCAUCCCCCCAAUCAAUGUCCCAGAGAACUCACGAGGAGCAUUCCCUCAACAGCUCGUCCAGAUCCGGUCAGAUCAUGACAAAAACCGGUCUCUAAGAUACAGUGUAACCGGCCCUGGUGCUGACCAGCCUCCCACAGGAAUCUUCAUCAUCGAUCCAAUUUCAGGAGAGCUGUAUGUCAACAAGCCCCUCGACCGAGAGAACAUCCACAGCUUCCAUCUAAGAGCACAUGCAGUAGACCUGAAUGGCAACCAGGUUGAAAACCCUAUUGAUAUUGUGAUCAACGUGAUCGACAUGAAUGACAACAGGCCUGAGUUCACCCAUCAGAUCUGGAAUGGCACUGUUCCUGAGGGUUCCAAGCCAGGAACUUUUGUUAUGACGGUAACAUCCGUCGACAAGGAUGACCCCAAAACAGAAAAUGGUAUGCUACGUUACAAGAUAUUAUCUCAGAACCCUGAGAGCCCCAGCUCCAAUAUGUUCACCAUUAACAACAAAACUGGAGGAAUCAUUACCGUGGCAGCAGGCCUGGACAGGGAGGUAUUAACCCUUAAUCUAUUUUUUGUCAUCUUCAAGAAAGUGCCUCAGUAUACAUUGAUCAUCCAGGCCACUGACAUGGAGGGCAACCAAAUGUAUGGUCUCUCAAACACAGCUACUGCUAUCAUCAGAGUCACAGACAUUAAUGACAAUCCACCAGAGUUUACUUCAGAAAUGUUUUUCGGCGAGGUGCAUGAGAACCGCGUGAAUGUUAUCGUGGCCAACCUCACAGUGACUGACAAGGAUCAGCCAAACACACCAGCGUGGAACGCCGUCUACAAAAUCACAGGGGGUGACCCCACCGGCAGGUUCUCAGUGCCCACUGAUCCAGCCACUAAUGAGGGUCUGGUAACAGUUGUCAAGCCGAUAGACUAUGAAAUCAGUAGGACGUAUGUGCUGACAGUGGAGGCAAGGAACGAGGUUCCCCUGGCCAGAGGCAUCCACUCUCCUAGACAGUCCACUGCCACUGUCUCCAUCAAAGUGAUAGAUGUCAAUGAAAGCCCCUACUUUGAGCCCAACCCCAAACUUAUUAAACUGGAGGAGGGAGUGGCAUCCGAUUCAACUCUGACCACCUUCACUGCACAGGAUCCUGAUCGUUUCAUGCAACAAACCAUCAAAUAUUCCAAACUCACAGAUCCAGCCAACUGGCUAAGGAUUGAUCCCCACACUGGUCGGAUCACAACGAUUGCCAUUUUGGACCGAGAGUCUCCUUAUGUGAAGAACAGUUUAUAUAAUGCUACAUUCCUGGCCACUGACAGCGGUGUGCCACCGGCAAGUGGCACAGGCACUCUCCAAAUCUUCUUGCUGGAUAUCAACGACAACGCACCCAAGGUGUUCCCCCAGGAGGUAGAGAUAUGUCAAAAGCCAGAGCCAAAUGCCAUCAACAUCACAGCUCUUGAUGGGGACCUGAACCCAAAUGCUGGACCAUUUGCCUUUGAGUUAGCCAAUAAGCCCACUGACGUCAAGAGAAACUGGACCAUUACAAGAAUCAGUGGUGACUAUGCUCAGGUGAGUCUGAGGAUCGGCUACCUUGAAAGUGGAAUCUAUGAGAUUCCCAUUAUAAUCACAGACUCAGGCAACCUGCCCAUGUCCAAUACCUCCUACUUGCGGAUUAAAGUGUGUCAGUGCGACAUCAAUGGAGAUUGCACUGAUCAGCAACACAUCAUGGCAGCUGGCCUGGGCACAGGUGCCAUCAUAUCCAUCCUCCUGUGCAUCAUCAUCCUCCUCAUUCUGGUCCUGAUGUUUGUGGUGUGGAUGAAGCGUCGUGAUAAAGAGCGUCAGGCCAAACAGCUUCUUAUUGACCCUGAAGAUGAUGUGAGGGACAACAUCCUCAAGUAUGAUGAGGAAGGUGGAGGAGAGGAGGACCAGGAUUAUGACCUGAGUCAGCUCCAGCAACCAGACACGAUAGAGCCUGAUGCCAUCAAGCCAGUGGGAAUCCGUCGUCUAGACGAGAGACCCCUCCACCCUGAGCCACAGUAUCCCAUGAGGUCUGCAGCACCACAUCCUGGAGACAUUGGAGACUUCAUCAACGAGGGACUGAAGGCAGCAGACAACGACCCCACUGCACCUCCCUACGACUCCCUCCUAGUGUUUGAUUACGAGGGCAGUGGCUCCACAGCCGGCUCCCUAAGCUCACUCAACUCCUCCAGCAGCGGGGGCGACCAAGACUACGAUUAUCUCAACGACUGGGGCCCUCGCUUUCGAAAACUGGCGGACAUGUACGGCGGGAGUGACGACUAGAACAUACGGCCACGCCUGAAAAGAUACAAGAUGAAGAACAGGAAACAUUUCCCGUUGAAGGACACGGACAACUUCUGAUAUUCCCCAAGAGAAUGAUAGAACUGUGAGUGAAAAGAUACAAAAAAGAAAAAAAAACAUUGAUUCAGAAUUUUUUUCAAAAACAACCAAUCUAGGCUUAUUGUUGUAGUCUACGCAUACAUAUGCUUGUUGAAAGCUUAAGCAUAGGCUGUGGUCCAGUUAUGGAGGAUGUGGGAGGGAACACUGGUGAGCUGUCACCACUCAGAUUGUCGGUAUUGAAUGCGCUCAGUUACACUUGAAUUUCACAGUACAGAAGCACUGGGAUAUAAUGUGCCUUUUUGUACAUUUUUUUGGAUCUAAUGAUUAGUUUUAUGUUCAAGGCUUUAAUGGUACUGACCUUUGGAGUGAUUUCAAACAAAAGUAUGUUACACUCUGGUAUGCUUAUACAUGCUUUUUUUUUCUUUUGGUUACACAAUGCUCCUGUUUGUUGAAGAUAUUUAAAUAAAUCACAAAGAAAUGAAGAAAUGAAGGAACAUCUGUUAGCUUGGAUGGGAAGAAAAACAAUUAAGAGCAGCACUGUACAGUAUGCUAGACUUUUAGAUUUUCUCACUAAAAAAUUAAAAUUAUGCAGCUGGUUGCAAAUAAAGGGAGUUAUGAAUCAUACUUUUGUAGCAAAUUUCUUUUUUCUCCUUAUUUUGAGGUGAUGUAGUGUUAUACAAAAACAAUUAAAAAAAAACAGUUUUGGUCUCAUCUAUGUACACUUCAUUUGCCUUAGUCAUCAUCGGAUAUUUUUCCAGUUUUACUUCACUGUAAAAAGAUGUGUGUACAUAAUGUUUUUUCUUUCUUUUCUUUUGAUGUAGUAUUAUGACGAAGUGCAAACAGUUCCAAACUUGUAAAUGUAUAAUUUCGACUACAAAUUCAAGUUUUUGCAUGUUUUUAUCUUUUCAUGACAACAGAAAUUGAAAAAAAAAAAGUUAUUUCCCAAAUUUAUUUACAAAGUGAAAAAAUAAAAAACUGGGUGACCUUAAAUGUGUAGAAGUUAAGAGUUUUUUGUAUAAAAAAAGUAAAUAAAAACACUGAUUAAAAAAUUGAGAAGUAGUGAUCUUGUCAGCACAAAUGUUGAAUUUGUACCAAAAAUCGGAGGGGUUGGGGUAGGAUGAGGGGCACUAAUUACUGAAUCAGCUUUAAGAAUGGAGAAGGUUUUGGAUUAAAGCGUUGUGGAUAACCAUGUGUACUGGAACACAUUAUACAUCUCUGACCCCAGCCAUCCAAAUAAAAUGCUAAUUUUGGAGCUAA